GCCCCCCCCCCCUCGCCCCUCGGCAUCCUGUGAGAAAUAAGACUUAUGGCGCCUCUGGACUUCGGGAUGAGAAGCACCGGAUCCUAAAAGGAGCUCGUCGGAGCCUCUGUAAAGUAGCAGUUUGAAGCUGCCCCCUCCCCCCCCCUUCAGAAGCCUGAUGCUGCUACUGCCUGUCGCUUGGCUCUGCUGUGAAGGGAAUGCAGCUGUGCUCCAGGCACAGCUGGAGCCCCUCUGUGCCAGGAAAACACCCCCCUGGUAGUUGGAUUGUGUGAAGGUCUGGAUUUAGGGGGCGGAGAGGGGGCACCACUCUCUUUGGCCCAUCUGCUGGCCCAUCUGGGAAAACCUCUAUAAGGAUGCUGGCCGGAUGGAGAGAGCUGUCUACAGGGAUAAGUGCUACACUUUGUUGCCUGCUCUUCUUCUGGCUCCUGUAUUCUCAUCCACCCAAGGAAGGGCUUUUGAAAGUGCACAAGACCUGGAAUGCCUCCUUUGCAAAAGAGGAAAGGAGCUGGAGGUGGGGACGUGUGAAAUCACAGCAUUGGACAGAGAUAUGAGCCAUCCCAAGAGGAUGAUCGCCAGGCAGACAGCGCGGUGUGCUUGUCGGAGGGGUCAAGUGGCUGGAACAACGAAAGCAAAACCUGCAUGUGUGGAUGCCCAGAUCAUUGUCAACAAACAGUGGUGCGGAAUGGAGCCUUGCGAUGAUGGGGAGCAGUGCACUUUGUUAAUAAACCGUUCAGGCUGGAGCUGCACUCGGCAACUGGGGCGAAUAAAAACAGUCACGGUCUCCUGACAGCCAUGGUGCACCUGCCCAUGAGAGCAGCUUCUCUACUUCCUGCACACUGAUGCUGCAGUUCAGCGGUCAAAUCAUCUUGGGGGAAAAGGGGCAACCAGCUUCUUCAACAUGGGUUCAUCCCCAUGAAUUGGGGCCCAUGCCAACUGUAUUUCCUCUUGUGCCUGAACAUGGAACACAAAGGCUACCAACAGAGUACUGUAUACUGGGGUUGUACCUGUGAGAUUUCCUCCACUUUUUUUUCUUUCCCUUUCUUCCCCAUAGCAAAUAUAACUAUUUCUGGCUUAUUUUGUGGGUUUCUAAAUAUGAAAUGCAGUUUCCCCUAGAUUUCUCCCCCCCCCCCCAUGACAACAGAGGAUUUGUGCCACUUGGUACUCAAGAUUUCUACAGGUCUCUUGGAUUUGGGGAAUGGCUGCCUCCUUCAGACAUAUGGCUGUGACAGACUGAGGCAGUUGCUAAGAGUCUGGGAUGUUCUCCAGUUGCUGUGAAGAAAAUGUUCUCUUUUUCCCUGUGCCUCUUCCUUUCACUUGUUCGUUCUCUCCUCCCUCCCUCCCCCAAAUCCAACGGAGAUGAGGAGAUAUGGCGGGG